UGAAAGCAAGCUAACAUGAGCAGAUCAGGGGAGGAGAUAAGCGGCAACAGGACAAUCAGACAUACGACAUAUAUAUGUAUAUUAUAAACCCAUUUUCCUGAAGGGAAAACAUAUUGUCUAAUUGUCCUCUCACGGGUGUUAGGAGUCUUCGUCGGCCGCUCGGUGUGAGCAUCACUGCUAGACUCCGUCAUCGCACAGGACCACUGACGCAGUUUGUCACUGUGUAGGUGUGAAGCAUUGUUGACUACUGCGGUGGCGGGGCAGGAGCUCACAGCUCAGGAAGAUGGCAUCACCCUUCGUGCCUGUCCCAGUGCCCUUGGAAAGAGUCCUGUCUGGAGGUAGGAACAAGCUGAGGCGGCCUCAGCGAGCGUCAUCGUUAGGCAGUGUCUCCAGCAGCUCGGAGUCCUCUUCCCCCAUCACCAGGUCAGCAGGGGAGGACCACGGGAGAGGAUUAGGUUCCCAGCGCCAGUCCCGCUGCAUGGAAAGGAGUCUGACCCCGCCGCCGCUCCAGAGCCCUGUCACCCAGGCCAGGAUGAACGGGACUCAUGAGAACUCUGUGGUGUACUCCACCUGCCCUCGCUCCAUAUCGGACCCUGAAGGGAGCCAGCAAGUGGAGGAGAGACCCAUCACCCCAACUUUGCUGGGAUAUGAGGUCAUGGAGGAGAGGGCCAAGUUCACGGUGUACAAGAUCCUGGUCCGAAAGACUCCAGAUGAGAGCUGGGUUGUUUUUAGACGGUACGCAGACUUCUCCAGACUCAACGACAAGUUAAAAGAGAUGUUCCCCGGCUUCCGUCUCGCGCUGCCUCCCAAGCGGUGGUUCAAAGACAACUACGACAGCGACUUCCUGGAAGACAGACAGUUGGGACUACAGGCCUUCUUGCAAAACCUUGUUGCACACAAGGACAUCGCCAACAGCCUGGCAGUCAGAGAGUUUCUGUGUCUGGAUGACCCACCCGGACCCUUUGAUAGUCUGGAGGAGAGCAGGGCGUUCUGUGAGACUCUGGAGGAGAGCAACUACCGUCUCCAGAAGGAGCUGCUGGAGAAGCAGAAGGAGAUAGUCUCCCUGAAGACGAGGCUGGAGGAGAGGGAGCAGGCUAUUCAGCUACUGGAGAAGCAUAUCAAUGGUGAGUGUGUGAGCCCAGAGUCUCCAUGUGAUCUGUCAGCUCAAGGCAGCGAGAGCAGUGCUGAUGCAGAUGUGGAGUCCUCUGCUGCAGAGGCUGAUCAGGACAUGACUGAUGAAACCAGUGGUGCCGCCCCAAUCUGAAAACAGAGCCCAAUACCAUGUGAGUGGCAGGUGCGAGGUCCAGCCGGUGCGAUCUUCCGCCUGUUGGUGCGGACCAUCGAUCAGCGCCUCUCCUCCGGUCAUCCAGGUCACCCAGUUCUACCACCAGAAGCCUGAACAAUAACAACCAACACUGCUUUUACUCCAUCUCCUCCUCCUCCUCCCCUUCCUCCUCCCCUUCAACACCAUGCGUGUUUCAAUGUCCUUUCCUUUCCUCAGUAUCCCAUCUGUCAUUCUUUCUGCCCUCUCUUUCCCCCUGCCCUUCACCUUCUAGAUUGUAACCACUGUUUCACCUUCCCGUCUUGGAGUUGGAUCUGUGAAUAGGGUUAAAAGGGAGCAGUUCUGUACUGCAAAAGUCUGAUUCGCUCAUAUUUCCCUCAAUAAGGUGGGUCGUGGGAUUUUUUAUCUGUCACCUACAGAAGAUUCUGGAGAACACAUGCCGCUUCCAAUAAGAACAAAAUCUGGGAUGACAUGGAUAUACUUCUCCGAACCUCAUCCUUCUUUCUAAGUCCUCCUCUUUCCCUGUGGCCGCCAGAUUGGAUCAACGUGAUCCCGUGGCAACAAAGCCAAAGUUUGGCUUCCUGACCAAAAAAAAAGAAAAGAAACUUGAAGACUCACACCACUGGGUGGUUUGAUGACUUACACAUUAGUGACAAUCUACAGAAAAAUCUAGAAGCAUCUCAUCAGAGAAACAACUACCCCCGAUGUGGCUAUAGAAAUAAGACAAUAAUCUGACUCAGGAUUAGCAUUGGUAACCAGGUAGGUAUGACAGAAUAUCGCUCUCUUUCUGUGCGCAGGUACUUCCACGUCACCGCUUUGUAACGCCGCUGACUGCCGUUAAGGGUAUUGCCAGCUCGCCCGUCUCAAGAAGCUUUGUCGUGUGUUUCUUUUUUUUUUUUCUUUAAAAGCCUACAUUCCUUCAUGUCUACAAUGCUGUGCGUGAUUUGUGGUAAACCAACUGCUGCAAGAGACAGUAAAAAACAUCGGUCACAUACUGUACCAACAUAGAGCCGUGGACAUGCGGCCCGCUGUUGCUUUUUAAGGAAUGUAGUGGCCAAUGUGCGCACUAAUCAUGUCAGUUUUCCUGUCACAUUCCACAGUUUCUUACACACACACACACACACACACACACACACACACACACACACACACACACACACAUGCUUUCUCAAAAUAUCCUGAUUAUUUGCUUUUGUGGGCCUUGAUUAUUAUGAUUAGUUAAGCGCAUAAAUAUUCACAACACAAGUCCUCUUCUGGCACAUUGCCUGUUAAUAGAGUGUAGACCAGGCCUGGACUUGUAUAGUCUAAUAAUGUAAUGUGAUGUGGGUAUAAUUAAAGGGUCAGUUCACUUCAUUUUACAAAAAGAUACAUUUUUCUACUUUUCCCUACUAUACAGAUAAUCCACAAACCUCACUUUUGGCAGUUUUCACUGGAACUGCGUUCUACUGGGGGGAUUAGUUCCUAAUGAUACUGAUGUCUGGGGUUAAACCAAUUGUCCUCUGAACAUGAAAACUAAAACGAUCUGUAAGACUACUUAACCCCAGAGGUUAAGUCAGAAAAUAUUUUAGCGAUUUGGGUGAAGUAGCCCAUCAAAAAACUCAAAGCGUUACUAAUUCGUUAAUUUGGAGAUGAACGUCAGCUUCAGCGAAAGAGCGCAGAUGGAUGUCCCCUCUCAAUUAAAUGACACAUAAUAGUGCUUAUUCACCUGAAAGAAAUCCAGAGAUUAUGACCUAAGAGAUGAUGGAGCCACAUUACUUAAAGUUGGAAGAAAUUAGAAGUUUUUUUUAGCAGAACCUGUCUCCUGUUUUUUUUAAUGAUACAGUCCAGAUUCACUGAAAUAAGAUGCAAAACCACAGUACUGGUAUUUCAGGAAAAAAAACUGUGUGAUGUAGCAACCUGUAAACACUUUUUCAGCCUUGUUGGCCCGGCAUCAGCAUGACAACUGUUGCCAGGUUAACACAUCACCUCCCCACCCCAAAAGCCAUAUUUUAAGACUCCAAAUAAUCCUCCAGAGGCGGAGGUGUUUUUUCUUUCUUUCCGUGCGUGCUGACAAGCUGUUGUUUGUCACUCUUCGAUAACGAGUAAUAAAAGAGUGUACCUGCAGCUUAUAUUGAAUCGUUUUCAAAUCCCAGGCCUGGAAAAGGGUCACGCAAAGCACUUUAUGGAUGAAUGGCAACACAUGUUUGCUUGGAUACGAUUUUAUUAUUUCACUUGUACAAGACAGAGAAACGUGCCUUUUCAAUCACUGAAUCUGUCUCGACCUCCAACUGGAACUGACGUGUUAAAAUGUGAUUUAUGUAAAUGGAAUUUUGUUUGUCUUUUUGUCUUUUUUUUUCUGUAAAUCCCCCUUUCAUGCAUAAUUCUAAGUGCCUUAAACAUCCUUCACUUUCACUAUUUCUUUUGAUGUGUUUCAGUGGCUUUAUAGGUUUGUGUAGGACAUGAAACUGUUACACCAUAAUGGAAAUAAUGUUUUAAAUGACACUCAUAUUGUAUAUAUAUGUCGUUGCUUGAAAUAGACCGAACUGAAAAUGUUUUUGUAAUAGCUUUGUCUUAGCUCACAUUUACACUAAUAGUUGCACUAUAAAAGAUUUCUAUAAAAAUGCAUUUGGUAUCACUAUUAAUUAUCCUGGGUUUAAAGGGAUAGUUCACUGAAUACACCCGAUCUGGAAUGAGUGCUGUAGAUACUGUAACACAUGCUAUAGCAGAGAUAUUUAUCAGAAAGAAAUAUUUAAUUCACACACAAUUAAACGUGGAAUGACGUACUGAAUACACAUGUAUGCUUCCUUUUAGCGCACAUUUGAAGUCUCAUGGAGUCGGAUCGGUAGUAGUUUCUGCUCAAGGGAAGAAAUAAAUGGUGAUGUUUGAUGAAUCUGCUGAGAUGUGGGCUUACAGUUACAGUAUGACCUGUUUUUAAUGUGUGAUGCUUUCAAGAUGUAAUAAAUUCU